CCCUCGCUUUUCCCUUACACAGAUGAUACUGACUUCAGAGAGCAAGGAUAUAAGGAGCUUAACAUGGGCCAUAGCCUGCACCUUGACUGUCCUGGGCUACCUGCUCAUCCUGCUGGUCACCAUCUUCCCCUUCUGGGUGCGCCUUGUGAACGAAGAGUCCCGCGAAGUGUUUAACAGUGGCCUGUUUGAGAACUGCUUCCACACCAAGUGCUUGAAGCCUCGACCCUUACCCAUUUACAUCAUCCUCAGCCGAGUUUUCCUGCUGUCUGCAGUUGGCUUGUCUUUCCUCACCACCCUCACCAUGGCGUCUUUUGCAUCUCAGCUCUUUCCAAGGACCUGGAGGCAAAUUUUCAUAUCAGUCUCCUGCAGCUUCUUCACAGGGGCUUGUGCUUUCCUGGCCUUGUUGCUGCAUGCCCUGGAGAUCCAGAGUCUGAGGAUGCAGCCCAACCCUCCCCAGGUCUCCGUGCAGUGGCCUUACUAUCGAUAUGUCCUGGGCUUUGGUAUCCUUCUGUUCAUAGCGGCUGGUGUCAUCUGUCUCUUUCAAGAAGCCUGCCGUAGAUUACGCAUUUCCCAGAGUAUGAUGAAGACUCGAGAGAGCCCACACCUGGAGAUUCUGGAGAGUUUGGGAGGACUGAGUGCAUUGCAGAAGGAGAUCCUGCUGAAGGAAGAGAUGGUUAUCUAGUCCAGGAGAGCCUGUCACUUCAUCAAGUUGUGUGCGUGCCCGUGUGUGGGUGGCACUCCCUUCUCUGCCCGUCUCUGCUACUUUUAAUAAGCUUCUUGUAUAUUAAUGCUCCACUUCCCUCUACUACAGUGAUUCUAUUUUGCUCA